AUUGUUUUGUUACAGUAGUUGCAGCCAUAGAAUGUAAUUUUGAUACGAACUACUGUGACUGGCAGCAAGAUCACUUAGACGAUUUUAACUGGAAAGAAAGGAAAUGGUCGUUGUAUAGUGAUACUGGCCCUGAAUCUGAUCAUACCUCAGGAGUUGGUCACUACAUCUACUUAGAUACAUACAGAGAGAACAAAGGUAAAAUAGCCAGACUAAUGAGCCCGAUGCAGUCACCAGGUCAAUACUGUUUAACAUUUUGGUACAGUAUGUUUGGUAGUGAUAUUGGCGCCCUCAACGUUUACAAAGAAAUGAAUGACGGGAACAAAACUGUUAUCUUCUCAAAAGACAAGGACAUAGGUGUUCCUGAUUGGUGGAAAUCGGUUUCGAACAUAAAUGCUUAUGACUCAUAUCAAAUCGUGUUUGAAGGAAUUAAUGGGGACGGACAUAGAGGGGACAUAGCAAUAGAUGACAUUUCUAUACGAUCUGGAUCGUGUUCAAUAGAUUGUGAUUUUGAUGUUGAUUUUUGCAACUGGAUGCAAUUUGAUGGGGAUGACUUCAACUGGAAUAGAGGGAGUGGAAGGGCGUCUUAUAGGUUCACUGGACCCGACGUUGAUAAAUCAGGAAACGGUCACUAUAUCUACAUAGACACAAGCGGUAAAAAUAGACAUGGUACAGCAAUAUUAUUCAGCCCCCUUCAGGAUGCUGGGAAAUAUUGUCUCUCGUUCUUGUAUUACAUGUAUGGCGUCGACAUUGAUAGACUUCAAAUACAAAUAUGGAAUACAAACGGCUCAGAUCGGCGUACAAUGUUUACACUUGAAUCAGCCCAGGGCCAUAAGUGGUUUCAUAAAACGAUUUCCUUAUAUUCAAUGGAUGUGUUUCAGAUAGCUGUCGAGGGGAGAACAAACUAUUGGUGGUAUUGGUUUUCAGGAGUCUUAGCAAUUGAUGACGUUACACUGUUAUCCUGUCCUGGUAAGUGUUAGUAUUAUACAUAAAUUGUAU